GAGAGAGAGAGAGAGAGAGACGUAGUGGGAGGGGGACGAGAGAGAGAGAGAGAGAGGGAGAGAGAGGGAGAGAGAGAGGGAGAGAGAGAGAGAGAGAGAGAGAAGAAGAGAUUCUCACACUGGCUGUGUCCUAAUCCGAGUCCAUCUCCAAGAAGCACCGGAGCAGAGUGUUGGUGAAGUGAGUCUGAGAGCCAAGGAGAGCCGGCAUCCGCUAGAUCCAUUCUCACACACACACACACACACGCACACACACUCUUUCUUGCUCUCCCUCGCGAACACACACCUUUUGCCAACGGGAGUCCACGAUGUGUCCGGCUGCACGGCCACAGCUUUUGUGAAAGUGAGGGGAUUGACGCGCGCCCCAUCCCGGGCCCCUCGGCUCUCUCUCUCUCUCUCACACACACACACACACGCACACACACUGUUUGUUUGCUGUGUGUAAGCUCAAGGUGCCGGUGGAGGUGGUGGUGUGGUGGUGGUGGUGGUGGUGGUGGGGGGCCACCGGCAGGGAAGGGCAGGGGCUCCGGAGAGGAGGAGGAGGAGGAGGAGGAGGAGAAGGAAGAGGAGGAGAAGAAGAAGAAGAAGAAGAAGAAAAGGAGGAGGAGGAGGAGGGAGACAAAGUGGAUCAGAUCAACAGCAGCCGACAGAACGCAGGAAAUGCCCGUCAGGUCUGAGUCUGUCACAUCCUCAACCAAUCGGAGCCUUCGUUAACGGCGGCGGCGGCGGCGGCGGCACGUGAUUGGGGGAAGGAUGGCAACCAUGCCGUUUGUCAGCGAAGGGAAGUGUGUAAGUGUGGAGUGGGAUUUCCUACAAGGACUACUGGCCAAGCCCCCCACCCUUCCCUGCCUCCAGAACCUGCGUAAAGAGAAAUCUCGCAAUGCCGCUCGUUCACGGCGGGGGAAGGAGAAUUUUGAGUUCUUUGAGCUCGCCAAGAUGCUGCCUCUGCCCGGAGCCAUCACCAGCCAGCUGGACAAGGCCUCGGUCAUCCGGCUGACCAUCAGCUACCUGCACAUGCGCACUUUUGCCAGCCAGGGAGACCCGCCCUGGAGUCCUCUGAUGGAGGGAGACAGCAACUGCAGAAAAGUAAGACGAUCAUCUCAUUCUCUUGCCACCGACUUGUUUGAGCAGCACCUGGGGGCGCACCUCCUGCAGUCUCUGGACGGCUUUGUGUUCGUGGUCAGUCAGGAGGGACGUUUCCUCUACAUCUCGGAGACAGUGUCUAUCUACCUGGGACUCUCACAGGUGGAGCUGACCGGCAGCAGUGUGUUUGACUACAUCCACCCGGCGGACCACGUGGAGAUGGCCGAGCGGCUGGGAAUCAGCCCGCAUCUGAGGGCCGAGGCCGGAUGCCACACGGGACCCGAGAGCGCGUCCAGCUCCGCGUCCACCUCCUCCCUGGCUGGUACCCCUGAACCCGCUCCGUCUAGUCCUCAUUCUCCAGCUGAUGAUCCUCCUGACCGCGGCUACUUCAUCCGCAUGAAGUCCACGCUCACCAAAAGAGGCCUGCAUGUCAAGUCCUCCGGAUACAAGGUGAUCCAUGUGACCGGUCGCAUCCGCUGCCGCCCGGCGCUCGUGCCGGGCUCCACGCGCUCGGGCCGUCGGCCGAUGGGUUUGGUUGCACUGGCGCACACUCUCCCGCCCUCCACUCUCAAUGAGGUCCGCAUGGAGAGCCAGAUGUUUGUCUUCCGAGUGAACAUGGACCUGCAGGUCACAUACUGUGAGAACAGGAUUUCGGAGUAUAUGGAUCUGACCCCGGCAGAGGUGGUCGGACACACCUGUUACCACUUCAUCCAUAUAGAAGACCUGGAAAACCUCCGGCAGAGCCAUGAGGAUUUGCUGAGGAAAGGCCAGGUGGUGACCGGCUACUACCGUUGGCUCCAGAGGAGAGGAGGCUACCUGUGGAUCCAGUCCAGCGCCACCGUCUCCAUCAACCACAAAGCCCCCCACGAACGCAACGUCAUCUGGGUCAAUUACAUCCUGAGUCGAACAGAGUUGCCCGACACUCCCCUGGACAUACUGCAGCUGCCGGAGAACGUAAGAGCAGAGCGACUCCGAGUUAGCUCGUCCCCCACCGACAGUUCCCCCCAGGCCCGAGGAUCGCACCCGAUGAAGAGCUCGGUGGGGAAGAGUGACCCCGGCCCUAAAGGCAGAGAGAAGUUUACCGCCGCUGCCGUCCAAUCAGAGGCCAGGAGGAAGCGCCUGCUGAGGUCAGAUCCGGAGGGGGCUCCUCCUGAAACCCGCCGCAGACUGGAGGAGCUCCGCCAAGCGGAGGAGAGCGUGUCGGCCUCCUCUGACCUGGCGAGCGAAAGCGAGGGUGAGGAGGAGGAGGAGGAGGAGGAGGAGGCAGAGUGGGAGCAGGGGGGAAACGGCGAAAGACUGAAACAGGAAGAAGCUGGAGGAGGUAAACAGAACAGGGGCGGAGACACCCCCACCCGAGGGGAGAGGGGCAGCAGGGCGCACAACGGCCGGGCUGUGAUCCAGCAGCUGAAAAGCGUAGUGACCCAGUCCCCCCUGCCUGGCAGCCCCAGCAUCAAGACGGAACAUGAAGCCCUGACCACCGGGGGGGGGCGUUGGGGGUCACACACGCAGACCUCCGCCCCCCACCCGCACGCCACUCAGCCCCAACCCUCACACGCGCACACUCCCUCCAGCAGCCUCAACGGCGACAGCCCCACCACCCCGAUCCCGGACUCUUCAUCCAGCAGCGACGCCCCCCCGAAGGGGCUGUUCACUCCCCCUUCCCCGGCUCUGUCCCCCGCCAUGUCCGUGUCCUCCCCGUUGCCGCGGGAGGACCGGGUCGCGUCGGGCUUGGUCCCUCGGAGCGGCGGCGGCGGUGCAGGUAGCACGCCUGACUUUGAGCUGCUCCAGAGACUGGCCGCAGGCGGCGCGGCGGGGCGGGUCCUCUUCCACCCGCUGGCCCUCGGCCCGCAGGGCCCCCAGAGCCUCUACGCUCCCAGCACCAUCCGCUACGCUCCGCCCGAGCUGCCCCCCUCCCACCACCACGGCAUGGAACACAGCGACGGCCUGCAGCUACGCUCGGACCACCACCACAAGGGACCCCCGCCGGCCUUCUUCCCCCACCUACAGCGGCUGGCCGGCUUGCCGCCCUUCAGCGGUUUCUCCCCGUCUGACAGCCCCUUCUCCUCCGGCCUGCCCUUCUGUAUGAACGGACUGAGGGGGGCCGCAGGCUCCGAGGAGGACUGAGGCUCGCUGGCGCCCGCGGGAGGAGGAGGAGGAGGAGGAGAGGGAGGCGGAAAAAUGAAAGACGGAGCAGAGUGACGGACCAGAAAGUGAGACUUUGAAAAGGGCAGGAGAGACGGAAGUGGCAGGACAUUAAAGCCUCUGAGGACGUCACUAAUUGGACAAUGAGUUGAAUAACUGCGUUUUGAAAUGUGUGACAAGUCGCUGCCGGAGGGAAUUAUUGUGUCUGCCCGUUGUGGACAAGUGACAGUGACCAUCAAAGAAAACGGGACAUGGAAACUUUUGACUGGUUGUCCCUGGAGACGUUCCGUUUCUGCAGCGCUAAUGAACUCUGCUCUGUGUCUUUCUCCAGAUGACUGUGUAGAUUUCUGUGUCUCUUCCACUCAGAGAAGCCAUAUUGUGUAUAUAGAGACAAAACCAUAAAGACCCUCAGCUUACAUCCUCCUCCAUGUCACUCCAAUUAACCCAAUUAACCCGAAAUCCUGUAGUGCGAGAUGGUCAUUGGCGACUUUGGAAUAUGAAUUUUUAUUAUUGCAGUAUUAUACGAAUCAUCUCUCACACUGGGAUCCAGGUGAGGAAAUGAUUAUGGGGUUUCCCUUACAAAAAAAUGAAGAAAAAACCCUCCGGUGUUUUUGUAUUGAGAUUCAAAAUGUUAAUGAUAAAAACAUCUUUGUCAGUCAGCCAUACUUAAAGCACACUGGUGGGACAAAAAUAAGAAUGACGUAGUCCCGGACAUUCCAUUAUAUAUAUAAGGGGAAAAAUGCAAUGCUGACAGGAUGCUCUUGUUUGAUGAUAGGAGAGCAAUUUGUUUAACUGAGUAUUAAUUAUAGUAUUUUCUGUAUGAUGCUGCGGUUGUAUUUGUGUAUGAAAGCCAUAUUCUUGUCUUUUGUUUUUAAAAGUUCUUAUUGAUUUUCCUUUCACCAGAAAAAUACAAUAGAAGGACAUGAAAAUGGAGUUUAGACAGGCAAAAUAAUAUUGUUCUAUUGGAUGUACAAUGUCAUCCAAACACAUUUUUAUUAUCCUCUAAAAAAAUAUAUUUCUGAAAAGGUUUUUAGGAGGGGGAAUGGUGCUCGACCCGAAUGUUUGUUUUUGUGUCUUACCAAGCACUUACUGAAAUUAGUUCUGGGAUGAACUCAAAGCACUUCAUCACUUACUGUGUGAUCCUGUUGAAAACAAUGCAAAAGUGGUCACUGAUAUGUAGUGUAGUUGAGGGGUAUAUAUGGACACACAAAAAGGAGAUAAAUAAAAAAAAACAGACCAAAUGGGUCAUUAAAAAGGGGACCGUUACAGGUCAAUAAAAUUAAACUGAAUUAUUAUGAGGAUGAUGUCAAUGUAUUUUAGUAAACUGUAAAGUUUAAAGUUUAAAAUUAAAAAGUGCAAAUUUGAAAUCACUUUAAAUUUCCGGUUCAUUGCUCUUUCAUUGGAAUUCAUGUUCAGGCCAACAGAAACAAACCACUAUAUGUAUUAAAAUGUUAGAAUUUUUAGAAUUUGAACUGGAAAAAGUCACAGGUAAUUUGGGGUUGUCUAAAAUAUACUCGAUUGAGUCUAAAAAAUCCAAAAUGUGAUAUAUUGCAUUAGAAAAUGUUCCCUUUUUGGACAAAAAGUUGGUUUGAAUACAGGCAAAUGCACUGUUAAAUUAAAUUUAAAUAACACAAUAAAAAUCUAAAUAACCAUCAAAUAUUUUUCUAGCACUUAAGGUCGCUAGAAAUAAAAAAGGUCAUAAUAAACUGAUAUGAGAUAUCAUCAAAACACAUUUAUUUUGUUAAACACCAUCUCUUCAAACUAAAACAGGACACAACAUAAAAGGUGUUUUUAUUGUUUUGCUAUCAAAUUGAGAUUAUGGUCGACUGUCGGAUUUGGGGUAAUGGGGCAGAAAAAAAAGAGAAGAAAACAUUUCUAAUCGUUCCGACAUGCACUUCGCACCCGUCGCUGUCACAUGUGUGAGCGCACAUAUACUCGGGUGUUAAAUAGUAUAACUUGUGUGUAUGUUGUAUGCUUGUCCAUGUGUGUACGUUUAGUUUUUUUCUUUAAUUAAAUAUCUAACCCUUUGCCCAUCACUGUGAAUUUAACAUUAUCCUCCCAUCUUUGUAAAUAUUCCACCCACUCAUCAAAUAAAAUGAACAAAUGUAAAAAGAAAAACCAGUGAUACAGAUGACGAUAACAAUAAAAUAUUGCAGUAGAGGAGCACAAAUCAAA